AAAACGAAAGUUGUUGCCAAGCAUUGAGACAGAUGUGAAGAAGGAGUAGAGAUUCGCUUUAGCGCCUCGAAACAAACAAAAGAAAGACAUGGUUUACGUUUAUUCUGCUCAAACAUACCUCUCGCAGUUUUCUGUGCCAAGCCUCACAUGAAAUACAAGCGACUUGGUUCGCGGCACCGUUAAAAAAAAAAAGAGUGUGGGAAUGCAGCUGCCCAGCAACAAUCCCGCCACCAGGGAAAAGGUUAAAGAAUGCCUGAAGAAGGACCUCCUGGCUGCUGAUCUCCGAUGCAGUCUCUUUGUAGCCGCUGCACAAAGCUAUAAACGGGACUCUGUUCUGAGACCUUUCCCACCCAACUAUAUUAAUGGAGAAAACAAAGAGUUUGAUGCUUUGCUGGCAGAUGUAAAGUCUCUGCCGAGUGUUAGAGAGGUGCUGCAGUCUGGUCCUGGGGGAGACGAGGCUUUGCUGGACCUCCUCCACUGGGUUUUAUCAUCAAAGAACCAAACUGUUAAGAGUCUGCUGAAAGAAGAGUAUGUGAAAAUCCAGGAGCUGACGGGAUUUAACGGGGGUUCUGUCCCUCCUCCUGACUUCCUGUUUGAGGUUGUCCACUGUGACCAAAUGAAUGCCAAAUUCGAGGAGACAAAGGGGGAGAGGGACCUUUUUUAUGCAUUUCACGGGAGCCGUCUUGAAAACUUUCAUUCAAUAGUCCACAAUGGUUUGCAUGGUCAUUUGAACAAGACUUCGUUAUUUGGCGAAGGUACCUAUCUCACUAGCGAUCUGAGCUUGGCUCUGCUGUACAGCCCCCACGGGAGUGGAUGGCAGAAGUGCAUUCUGGGACCAUUGCUCAGCUGUGUGGCUGUAUGUGAAAUUAUUGACCACCCAGAUGUAAAAUGUCAGUUAAAAAACAAAGAUUCAGACAGCAUUGACAGACGGAGAGCCCGAGUGAGGAACAGCGAAGGCGGAGAUGUUCCACAAAAAUACUUUGUCGUCACCAACAAUCAGCUCCUCCGAGUGAAAUAUCUCCUGGUCUACUCUGAGAAACAGCACAGGAGAAGGCACACAAGACAGAUGUCCUGGCUGUCCAAGCACUACUUUGCUAUCCUGAUGUCUUUGUAUCUGUUGCUGCUAAUCGUCAUUGGGGCUUGUAAUUCACCAGCAUUCCAGUCCUUCUGGAACAGACUGUUUGAUAAAAGAAAAUGAGCCUGUCAUGCCCUCUGGCUCCUGCAUAGUGCCUUAAUAUAAACUGCAAUACAGCCUCUGGAAAAGUACUGUGCAGUCCUGUACCUAAACAAGGUCACAUGACUUUUG